CUCCUCCUCUUCCUCCCCACUUCCCCACCGAACCCGCAACUGCCACCGCCCCCCGUCGCCCCGGCCGUCCCCAUCCGCCGUCGUUGCCGAUGGCCUCCUCCCCGCUCGCCGUCCCCGUCGCCAAGGCCGCGUCGACCCCUCCCUUCGCCGUCUCCGUCGCCGCCGCGGUAGCCCCGCAGCGUCGCCUCCUCCCGCAGUGCCGGGGAGUCCGCGCUGCCCCGCUCCGGCUCCGCUCGGGACGCGGCCGCGGCCGCGGCGCGUCCGUGGUGCGCGCUGCCCAGGGCCAGGAGACCUCCUUCCAAGUUCCUGAUGUAACUAAGUCAACGUGGCAGUCACUUGUGGUGGAGAGUGAGCUUCCGGUUCUCGUUGAGUUUUGGGCUUCAUGGUGCGGGCCAUGCAAAAUGAUAGAUCCUGUCAUCGGCAAACUUUCAAAAGAAUAUGAAGGAAAGCUGAACUGCUACAAGCUCAACACUGAUGAAAACCCCGACAUAACAACACAGUUUGGGAUAAGAAGCAUUCCGACAAUGAUGAUAUUCAAGAACGGUGAGAAGAAAGACACGGUGAUCGGAGCUGUGCCCGAGAGCACCCUGGUUAGCAGCAUCGACAAGUAUGUUGGGAGGUGAAACCUCAGAUGAAUAUUUUCUAGGCAGUUGGGCUUCAACCUUCACGCACAGAUGGAUAUAUUGUCAUCUAUGAACUCUUUUUCUUUUCGAGAAUAGUCAAGAGAAUCGAAUAUUAUGGAACCCCAGCUUGGUAGUUGUAUGUACAUAAUAAUGUGAUAACCUCCAAUAAAUGCAAUUGAAAGCUGAGCCCUGAGUGACCUCUGGA